UGAACGUAUGUGUGUUUCGUUCAAAAAAAAAACUUUAAUUUUUUUUUUACGAUCAUUUUCGUCUGAAAAUCUGUGAAAAAUAAACCUUUUCUAAUUUGACGAACAUAAUUUUUUUGUUAUCUUUAAUUUUCUUGUGGUUUUUUUUUGUUGUGUAUGUUAUUAUGUUGUAAAUGUAUGUUUAUGUGUAUCAGUUUUAUGAGUGUGUCGUCUGUCAAUUGUCUUAGGACAUUGGCAUAAGAAAAAAUAAAUAUAAAUGCAAGUGAAUAAAAGACCACAUCAGGAAAACGGUGUUUUGAAAAUUACAUUAAAUUUUUUUAAAGAUUUUUUAUUUUUAUAUUUGAAAUUCGCAUUCUACGCUGUGAUUGUUUAUUUAUUUUUCUAUUUUUACGAUUAUUAUUUCGGCUAGUGGUGAUUUAAGUUUUUUUUUUAAUUUUUGUGUUAUUUUAGAAAUGUGAAGUGACAGAAUUUGAUGUGUAGUGAAUAAAUGUGAUAAAUUUUUUUUUUUGACAUUUUCACUGGGUUUUUCACUGCGGCAGCGGAUUUUGGUCAAGUUGCCACGAUGAAGAGAUCCCGUCACCGAUGGCUGGGUUUCACUGGAAUAUGUGUAAUGUUGGUCAUCGCGUCUCUUCCAUCCACUUCAGCAGUCCGAGCUACGUCAUUGAUCUUCGCGAAGACCACCAGCACGACCGCGUCUCCUGAGGAGUUGACGGCAGACGAUGAAGUGCAGACCGAGGCGACGCCCGAAGGGGAAUCAACAAAUUCCACUUCGAAACUGUCUGGAAUCCCACAAAUUGACUACAUCUACGACCCGAACCUGCCUCGGGAGCUGAACGGUUACAACCUAUCGGAGUACCCCUUCUACGAGGCAGUACCACCGCCGGAGACCAUGGACUUCAAGUGCGAUGGUCUACAUGAUGGGUUCUACGCGUCUGUACCCCACAAAUGUCAGGUGUAUCAUCACUGCCUCUUCGGCACCAGGUAUGACUUCCUCUGCGCGAAUUACACCGCAUUCGAUCAGAAGACGUUCAUCUGCCACUUCGUGUCUGAAGUGGACUGUAAGAACUCCCCCAAUUAUUAUAACAGGAACGAAGCCUUGUACAAAGCGACAACGCAAGCCCCCCCACCCCCACCGCCGACUACUACUACUACAACUACUACAACGCGACCACCCCGCGCGGGGGGUCGCCGCCGGCCCUAUCACAGAUACGAGUAUUAUGAUGAUGAUUAUUACGACGCAAGAGAUGAUUACGAUUACGGCAGUAGAAGACGACCACGGCCAGGUAGACCAGGGAAGAGGCGGCCUCAUGAUGAUUAUGAUGAUGACAGGUACGAGAGACGUCCAAGACCUAGAGAUGAGCCAGCCGACGAGGAUUACGAAGACAGAAGACCAUAUCACAGACCAGGCAAAAGACCGUACAAUGAACAAAGAAGACCGUACGACGACGAUGAAGACAGAAGAACAUAUAGACCUGGCAGUCGAAGGCAAAGACCGAGAGACGAAGACGAUGAAAGAUACAGAGAUGAAGAUGAAAGACCUAGAGCAGGACAGAGAGAUCAAAAAAGAGAAGACGCUAGACCAAGACCUAACAAGUUUAGGCCUAGAGAUGAAAUCAAACCUAGGGACGAGAUACGACCAAGGGAUGAGGUGAAAGCUGAUGAUAAACCAAGAGAAGAAAUCAGGCCGAGAGAUGAGAAACGAACCCGGGAUGAUCCUAGAGAUAGGCCUACAUUUAGAUCUCGCGAUGAAGGGAAACCUCGUGAUGAGAUUCGCCCCAGGGAUGAAAUUAAACCGAGAGAUGAAAGAAGACCUUCUAGGGAUGAAACUACAGCUCCUGAAAAGUCUAGUAGGCCAAGAGAUGACAGAUAUCAGUCAAAUGAAGGCAGAAGACACAGAGAAGAGAGACCUUAUAGGCGUGAAGAACGACCCUAUAAUGAUAGGAAUUACGAUGAAGAUAGAAACGUUGAGGAAAAAAGAGAAGUCCCAACUGCACCUGAAGGCCAAGGUCUAGUCAAACCAAACGGUCACGGAAUUUUCAGUAAGCCAAGAAUGCCCCCGAAAAUAAAGCGGCCAGUGCCGGAGAACGUUAAAAAUAAAUACGAAUAUGUGACUGUUACCACUACUAAAGCUCCACCCAAGGUUGAUGAUGAAUACUAUGAUGAUUAUGAAGAAGAAGAUACUAGAAGGCCGUCGUCAUCAGGGAAAUCCAGUUCAGUUCAGCAAAGGCCUAGGGAGCCGAUGGAAAAGGAAAAGUUCAAGCCUACAAGACCACACGCUCCGGCGAGCUACAAAGACAGAAGAAAUAAGAAGCCUUCGGGCUAUGACGAUGAAUAUUACGAUACAGAAUGGAAAGACCGAAGACCUAGUCCAAAACCUCUGAAAUCUCUGCCCGUCAGAGAAGCUAUGGACGAUUAUUAUUAUGAUUACGAUGAUAAAAAGGACAAUAGAAAAAUAAUUCCCAAAGAAGAAGAUGCACCAACGAAAGGUAGACAGAUGGUGAGAGUAAUUAAACGUCCUUUUUUACCGUCUAGGGGUGGCAGCCCUUACUUGCCUAGGGGCUUACAGCCAGUCGCUGGCAAAGACAUGACUGUUCCCCCAAAUACCACCCCUAAACCUACCACCACUACUACGACAACAACCACUACUACUACGACUACCACUACUCCUCCACCCCCUCCUCCAACUACUACAACAACCACAACAACAACAACCCAACAAUCUACAACUUCACACACAACAGAACCACCAACAACACAACAUCUAAAAAUUCCAGAAGAUGAGUACGAAUAUUACGAUGAAGAUGAUAUAGAAUACGAAGGCAAAGACAAGAAAGAGACAACAACACAUCUGUCAGCACCAACCACAACCGAGGAAGAAGUCAAAACGAAUGAACCCGAAACAACGACAGUUCAACUAACAACGCCUGAAGAACAAGCUAAAUCAUUAGCAACGAAAGUUUUAAGAGUUUACAAUGACAAUUACGAAGCUAUCAGAGAAAAAUUGGAAUCAACAUUAUCGCCGGGAGAUUAUAUCAAACCUUACCUAAAUUUCAACGCUCAUGUAGCCACAGAAGCACCGGCGAAGCAUAUUAUAGCACCAAAACCAGAAAUAUCCAAACCUUACACGGCUACAGGAAAACCGGUCAUCCCAGAAAACAUUUCGAUCAAACACAAUUUAGCGGAUUCCAUUGAAAACGAAUAUGACGUUCGACUAAACGAGGCUAUAACACCAAAUUUGCCGAACGUCAACAUAAGAGUUCCUAGUGGAUUCGUACCAUCGAAUAGGGACUAUACUUAUUCCAGAUUUAGAAAUAACUUCGCCCCGGCCGAGCCGCAGUACGCGGCGUCGGAAUUAUCAAAUUAUCAGGUUAGGAAGCGUCCACAGGUGUCUGGAGUUAGUCUCAGGACACCUAACUCCUUUUAUUUACAGCCUCAGAGAGCGGUGUCUUACGAAGAUGGCGCCCAGAGGUAUCCAAGACAGCUGGUCUACAGACAGGUUGUAGGUAACUUCUUCUAAUUGUGAUUGUGGUAACCUUUGAGAGAAUUGGGCUAUGAAAACCUGUAGUGUAUGUUUCUGUGAACUCUUAUAUAUAUAUAAAGCUGUGCCCGCGAUUUCGCCCGCGUGGAAUAGUUAUUUUGGGCAUCAUUGAAGCCCUCAAGGAUGAAUAAUUUUCACGGUUUUUUUUUUCAUAUUUUCCAUUAUUUCUUUGCUCUUUGUAGUUGCAGUGUGAUGUUAUAUAGGCUAAAGCCUUCCUCGAUAAAUGGUCUAUUCGACGCAAAAAUAAUUUUUCAAUUCGAACCAGCAGUUCCUGAGAUUAGCGCGUUCAAACAAACAAACAACAUCAGCUUUAUAAUAUUAGUAUAGAUUGGCUCAAGAAUAGUAAGCACAUCGAAGUGAUAUUUUAAAUUCAAUCUUGUUUCAACUAUUUUACAUUUUAUUUGCAAUGUACGAGUAAAUUAUAAAAAUUAAAUUAAUUGAAAAAAUUAUAUAAUGUAAAAAAAGUUCUUUUUUUUUUCAAUAUAAAGUUUAAUAAUAAUUAAUUUGUUAUUUACUUUAACUGUUCUAUUCGUCUUAGAUAUAAAACAGCAAUCUCUCAACAAAAACUAUUUUAUUUUAAAAACAUACGUUACAGGUUUUUGUUGAAAUUAGUUUUUAAUAAAUUCGGAUCAAAAAUUUGUAAAAUAUUAUUUAAGGUCAAAAUCUUAGACAAUUAAUUAAAAUAAUAAAAAAGAAUAUUGCUUUUUAAUGUGUGCAAUAAACGGCCAAUUCUUAAUAUUAUAUUAGAAACAAUUUUAUGAUUAUUUGUUAAGUAAACAUUUUUUCAGAAGGCGUAUAUCUUUUUUAAAAUAAAGAAACAUUAUACAAAAUCAAUUUGAACCAGCAAGAAAGUUAGUUCUUGAUUUCAGUUAUAAAAAACUAACUUAAAAAAAACAAAUAAUUAAAAUAAGAAUAAGUGAGAUUUUUAAAAAUUGUAUUUAAAAUCCAUGUUUUAUUAUUUUUAUAUAUAUAUAAUACCUAUAUCAUUAUCUGCACAACUUAAUUCAAUAAAUGGAUUUUUGAUAAAAUGUUUUAAAUUUAUGUAUUAUCUUUUUCAAUUUCUUUCGCUAAGACACUGCCAAUUUUUAGAAUAAUAUUACUUUUUUGAUACGAAAAAAUACUCUAGUUACCUUAUUGUAAGUGUUUUUUUUUCAAAGGUUACCUGUCAACUAUGGUUGGUGAUUUUUUUUUUUAUGAAAUCUAUAUAAUGUAUAUGAAAUUCUCGUGUCACAAUGUUCGUUCAUCGUUCUGCUCCGAAACGGUUUGACAGUAUAGAGUAGGUCUGAGAAUCGGCCAACAUCUAUUUUUCAUACCCCUUAGUGAUUAGGGUUGUCCACCCUUAACAUUUUUUUAACUAGAAAUCAUUUAUAUGGCAAAACAACGUUUGCCGGGACAGCUAGUAAAACUUUAAUUUUUUAAUAGAAUCUAGGAAAGAAACCAAGUAAAUAUCACCAAAAUUUUAAUAUAAUUUAAAUAUUUGUUUUGACAGUAAAUUAUAUUAUAAAUAUCUUAUUUAUUUAAAUUAAAUACAAUUUUACCAACCAUACGCGAAAAAAAAUGACUGUAAAUUACGAAAAUUAUGCAAUUGUAAAUGUUAUUUUGUAAAAUUUAAUUUU